GUGACUCGUCUCCCCCCGCACCCCCCUCGCUCUCUCCAGCAGCAUCAGCACGAUGAAGUACCUGGCAGUGACCGGCGGCACCGUGAGCGGCCUGGGCAAGGGCAUCACCAUCAGCAGCAUCGGCGUCGUGCUCAAGUCGCUGGGGCUGCGCGUCACGUCCAUCAAGAUCGACCCGUACCUCAACUGCGACGCCGGCACCAUGUCGCCCUUCGAGCACGGCGAGGUGUUCGUGCUCAACGACGGCGGCGAGGGCGACCUGGACCUGGGCAACUACGAGCGCUUCCUGGGCAUCACGCUCACGCGCGACCACAACAUCACCACGGGCAAGGUCUACACGCACGUGCUGGAGAAGGAGCGCCGCGGAGACUACCUGGGCAAGACGGUGCAGGUGGUGCCCCACGUCACGGACGCCAUCCAGGACUGGAUCGAGCGCGUGGCGCAGAUCGGCGUGGACGGCAAGCACGCCGGGGAGGCCGGCGCCGUGGACGACGAGGAGGCCGACGUCUGCCUCAUCGAGGUCGGCGGCACGGUCGGCGACAUUGAGAGCAUGGUCUUCCUCGAGGCUCUGCGCCAGUUCCAGUUCCGUGUCGGCCCCGAGAACUUCUGCCUCGUGCACGUGUCGCUGGUGCCCGUGCUCGGAUCCGUCGGCGAGCAGAAGACCAAGCCCACGCAGCACGCCAUCAAGGAGCUGCGCAGCGCCGGUCUGUCGCCCGACGUCAUCAUCUGCCGCAGCAGCACCGAGCUGGAGCCGUCCACCAAGUCCAAGAUCGGCAUGUUCUGCCAGGUGCCCGCCAACCACGUGCUCUCGGUCCACGACGUGAGCAACAUCUACCACGUGCCGCUGCUGCUGGCCAAGCAGGGCGCCGCCAGCAUCCUCAUGUCGAAGCUGCAGCUCAUGGACCGCUUCAGCGAGCCCGACCUCGACGCCUGGUCCGCCAUGGCCCACCGCGUGGACUCGUUCGAGAAGGUGUGCAAGAUCGCGCUAGUCGGCAAGUACACGGGUCUGCAGGACUCGUACCUGAGUGUCAUCAAGGCGCUCAAGCACGCCACCAUGAAGUGCGACCGCGACCUGGAGAUCGAGUGGAUCGAGGCCUCCGACCUGGAGGUGGAGAUGCGUGAGAGCAACCCUAAGGCCUACGAGGAGGCCUGGCAGAAGCUGCGCAGCGUGGAUGGUAUCGUGGUGCCCGGCGGUUUCGGUGACCGUGGUGUGGACGGCAAGGUGCUCACGGCUCAGUACGCUCGCGAGAACAAGAUCCCGUACCUUGGUGUCUGCCUGGGUAUGCAGGUGGUGGUUAUCGAGUACGCCCGCAACGUCAUCGGCUGGAAGGACGCCAACAGCGAGGAGUUCGACGCCAACGCUGGACACAAGGUGGUCGUAUUCAUGCCCGAGAUCAACCCGGAGGUCAUGGGCGGCACCAUGCGCUGCGGUGAGCGCCGCACGAUUGUGCACGAGAAGGAGGACCCGGCGAAGCGCUCGCUGGUGUCGUACCUGUACGGCAAGGACACGCCCAUCCUGGAGCGUCACCGUCACCGUUACGAGGUGAACCCGGAGCUCGUGCCUGUCAUUCGCGAGGCCGGCCUCAACUUCGUCGGCACGGACAUCAAGGGCGAGCGCAUGCAGGUGGUCGAGCUGGACCGCGACGUGCACCCGUUCUACUUCGCCACGCAGUACCACCCGGAGUUCAAGUCGCACCCGAACGACCCGUCGCCGCCGUUCCACGGCCUGAUCCUUGCGGCCACCGGCCAGCUCGAGCAGUUCAUGAAGAACGUGGAGGCCAAGGAGAAGGAGCAGUAGGCGACUGGAUGAAAAUACUGCGACGCAGGACAAGCGGAGCCGACGGAUGAAACGACGGACGACGACCCCGUUUCAACUCGCGUGGAGCAGCACAUUUGCGUGUGAAUAGGCUAAAAUAUUGACUUGGAACCCCC